AUGACUCAACAACCAUCCAAGCUGGCAAGCUACAAGCGCAUCAUACUUUGCGCUGAUGGGACAUGGCUGGCGUCUGACCAAGGCGACAAUUCCGUGCCUUCGAACGUCGCGAAGGUCGCUCGAGCAAUUGCGACCAGUGGCCCUGAUGCUGAUGGUACUAUCGUGAAGCAGAUCGUGUCGUACCAUUCCGGUCUGGGAAGCGGAGACCUCCCGUUCCAGAAGGCCAUAUAUGGCGGCAUUGGCUGGGGUCUGGAUGUCGACGUGUGCCAGAUCUAUGAUUUCAUUUCUAAUAACUAUGUGCCUGGUGACGAGUUGUUCUUCUUCGGCUUUUCGCGCGGUGCCUUCACCGUGCGCUCAGUCGCCGGCCUGGUCUGCGACGUCGGUGUCCUCUCUGCAGUGCACAUGUCGCACUUCGCAGAUAUGUGGAAGGCCUACCGUGAGAAUACGGAUGGGGAGCCCUUCGAAAAGACAACAUGGUAUCAGCAGAAUAAGGACAAGCUGCGCCUGACGGAAGAUCUCAGGAUCAAAGUUGUUGGGGUUUGGGACACCGUUGGAGCUCUGGGAAUACCUGAAUGGCCUCUUGUGAAAUUGGCAACAAAAGCUGGCAUCGCAAUCAACAAACAGGAGGCAUUUCACAACACGAACUUAGCAAAAAAUCUGGACUAUGCCUUCCAAGCCCUUGCUAUUGACGAAAGACGGAUAACGUUCCCUCCUACCCUCUGGCACAAGACCCCUGAUGCUCCGGCCAAGGAUCUGCAGCAAUGUUGGUUUCCCGGCGUCCAUAGCAACAUCGGUGGUCAAGCAGCAGAUCCACGAACCGCCGGUGACCACGAAGAGAUCGGCGACAUCACAUUGGCAUGGAUGAUGGACAAUCUCUCAGGCAUGCUGACGUUUGAAGGGGCCGCGAUCAACGAACUGAUCAAGCAGCACCAAGACGCCCUGGCCGAGAACAACGCCCAAAAUAACAUCAAAAACGGCUGGGGCUGUGGGCCCAUCGUUUCUAACUUCUCUGGGCUACAAGGCGCCUUCUUCGGUAUUCUUGGGAAGCAAGACCGAACGCCGGGCAACUAUCCACCGGUCGCUGGCGACGGAAUUGGUGGUGCCACAAACGAGUAUUUUCAUCCGAUCGUUCGGAUUCGGAAGAGCAUACUAUCUAACUACAACCCGGCGUCACUGCACGGAUAUUCCUUCGAGGAGUCCGAUGGCGAGGCUGGCUGGAGGUGGGUCAGAGAGGGCGUACCGGCAGUGCCCGAGUAUGUGAUGCGUCCGGAGAGGAAGAUGAGUGUGAUGAACGAGAAGGGAUAUAAGACUAUGCCUAGUUUGUCAAGGUUACUAUGUCCGACGGAGGUGCUAGCAGAUCUCGAUAGGGAUACUGGUGUGCGACCUGAGUGA